CCUGCUUUCAUCAAAUAGAAAGCGUGGGGUCUCAGUUCAGAGGUAGUGUCCACAUAGAAGUGUUGUGGUUACCGUUUUCAGUGACUGGGAGGCUGUGCUCCAAAGAACUGUUGCACUUGUUUCCCAGCUUCCAAGCAAACAUGAAUACACUGUAGUUUGCACAAAAACUUAGAAAUUACAUUAGAUAAUGUGGAACUUGGAGCCUAGAUUCCGUCGUCACCUGAUUCGUAUUGUCAAUGCCUGGUGAUUUUCUUUUUCUAGAUCGGUGGCGCAGCGGCGACUGUGAAUGGCCUCGCUGACCAGCUGAUGGCUGGUUGGGCGAUUGGCGACUUCAACUACACGAUGCUGCUUCAACUGGUUGACCAAGAGAUUUCCGUGUUUGACUACUUGAAAGCGAACUACGUGUUUCUCGCUCUAAUUGCCGUUUCCGUGCUCCUGCUCGCUCUUUGGCUCUUCCUCUGCCUCCCCAAGGUUUUCUGUCGAUGGUGUCGCAAGUGCUGCUGCUGCAUCCGGGAAAAAAGGCACAAGCUCGGGUACGUUGGCCGAGUGGUCGUCGUUGCCGUCGGUGGCGCAGCCGUCGUUCUGGCGUUUAUUUUCGCCGUGGUCGCAGCUUCUACGGAGGCAUCUGGGAUCAACGGCGUCCGCACGCUGCAGUGUCACAUGUACACCACAGUCGGCGAGAUGAUUAAGGGAUCGAAUCCCGAAGUGCAGGUGAAAGAGCGCUUUAUUGGCGUGUCGCCUUUGGCCGAGGAUAUCCGGGAUCUGUCGGCGAAGCUCGACGUGUCGAACCCCGACAGUCUGCUGACCGAUCUGCGGGACCAGAUCGAAGAAGACUUCAAUUUCAAGGCAGAACUGGCGGCAUCCGUGGGAAGUUUGAAAGCCUUUAGACAGUCCAUGGGCGUUGAAAUGCCGGAGAAUUCCGCUCACGUCUGCUACGGCUGCAACGCGAUUUCCGAGAGCUCCGUUCAGGAGCUACUCGACAAAUACGAACAGAUUUUGGGAACCGACAUGGAUAUGAGCGAGUUCAUCAACCAAAUGUUUAAGAAACUCAACUUCCCCACGAUCGUCCUCGACGAAAUCAUUCCAGUGAACGAAAUCGAGGAAGUCGUGAAAAACGCGACGGACGCACUCGCGGAGACGCAGCCGACGAUCUCCAGCAGCUUGACCAUGGCGGAAGUCUCCUUCGCCCUCGCCUGCUCCUUCGUGAUUCUCAUGGUCGCCGUCGGGGCCGUCUGGCUUGUGUUCUUCUUCAUUCGGAGUGGCAAGACGGGGACGAAGCUCGCGUGCAUCCAGUGGAACACGCUCUGCGUCUGCAUGUUCGUGUUGCUUAUCGUCGCCGGUGUCUUCGGGUUCGUCAUGGACCUCCUCAUGAGAGGCUGCCAAUACACCACCACCGUCUUGGUCGAAAAAGACGACUGGUCCUGGAUAAUCGACAAAGUCGACCCUGAACGCCAGUCCCCGUUUGGCCUCAUCGUGGACGGUUGUCUCGCGGACCACGGCUCUGGAGAUCUUGUGGAAAUCUUUGGAUACAAAGAGGAAUUCGACAACAUGGUCGCGGAAGUCAAAGACACCAUCAAGAGGGCAGUGGAAAACCUACCCGAACCCCCGGAGCUACCAAUCCAAGGACUGGACGAAUUCGGCAAAUUUCUUCAGCAGAUCGGUUGGGUUGUUACCGUUGACCCCAAGAAAGCCGGAGAUAAAAUAAAAACCUUUCCUGAGUUCAUAGUGAGUGGAGUUCAAGAAGAAGAUGUCGAAAUCGUUUUCCCAGGAAAGGACGAUCUGGGCAGAGCUGACAGUGGGAAGAAGACUAAACUGGCGGGGUUAAAGACACUUGAGAAGCUCGUUCACCCGUGGAAAUUUUCUGCCCUUCGUCCCGAUGAAACACCAGACAAGUUUACGAUCACGGCGACAUACCCGGAUGAGAAUGACCCGUUUUUAACCGAGUGGCUGCAAUCCUAUUCUCCCGGAAGAAGCGGAAAAGAAAUUCCCGGCAACGUGGAUGCGAGGACGCAGAUGAAAAAUGCCAUCUGGUGGAGCGUGCAGAAGCACAAAGUUCUCAGCGCCACGUACGACUGCCCCUACUACGACGCGGCAGAGGGGAAACUUGUGGGGAGAAAGUGCCCAGGAAGCACCGUUUUUGCGUACAGUCCUGACGACUGGUCAAAGAGUUCGAUUGUUUCGAGCUCCGCCGAGAUGAUCGAACAGAUCAAGAGGCUCCUCCAACGCGUGAAGAACAGCAUUCCCACAGGAACUGCCAGCGCGACUGACAUCCUCUUCUCUGUCAUAGAGAAAGUAACGUCCAUGGUUGAAGGAAUCAACUGCAAAUUCAUGAGGCGAGCGUUCGUCCAAGGAUCCCUCAUCGCUUGCGAUCAGACUUUCCUCCCUCUGUUCAAGGCGGCGAGAUACUGUGCGAUGACAGCGGGAUUUCUGUUGCUCUGGAUCAUCGUUCUUCUCAUCGUGUGGCGGAAACUCAAGGACAACAGCGUUAUCGUCAGACAGGCUUCUGAAUGAGUGUCCACUUGCUGUGGUCACCAGCACAAUCUGCGCAGAGAAGCAAAUGCACCUCAACGGAGGAACGAAAACUUUUGCGACGACUUUCAGGAACGCUAACACGAGUUGUUUCUCCCGUAUCUCACAGUCUCAAGCUUUAGCCUUGCGUCUUCCGGUAUCUCACGCAUACUGCACGCCCGAGAGCGGACGGAAAACGAAGGGGUCACCGCCCUUGCUGCCGACAGAAACGAUCUGUGCGGUCGGUUCCCCAGUCGACAGGAGCUAGACAGGAAAGCAGAAACGAUUUAAACAGCUUUUUUCAGCGUGGCUUCUGUCCUGCAUCCGCCGGUAAACGGAGAGGUCCCUCCGUCCACAUGAAAUCACGACCCGAGGGUCUUAAGAAAUUUCAAAAGCCGUCUUCUUGCGUUUGGCCGCCCUACGGUUUCUAACGUGUCCUUCCCGACUGCCGCGGUUCUCUGAUAUUUUUCCUUCGAAAAAAAUCCCGUGGACCGUGCGUGCGAGGAGCUCGGCUGCGAAAGUGGAUGUGUGCUUCCUUUUUUGCAUGUUCACUGAUUUCUCGCUUUCAUAAGGGAACAAAUUUCCGUGCCUGAGAGGACAUCGCGUGCGAUCCCGGCGGUGCCGAGUGGAUCUCAGUUCCCUGACGCUACAGGACAAUAACUGAGAAGCACUAUCCACCUUUACAUUCACUCUCUUAGCCUCC